AUGAUAUUCUUUCUGCUUUUGUGUGCAUUUGUGAGUAUUACUCUAACGCUUGUUUUCAUCGUGUAUUGGAAAUUAAUUCGGCCAGCGAAAUAUAUUUAUGAUGCAUUUCGUCGUCAAGGUGUGUCAGGUGAACCAUUUGUGCCAAUUAUUGGCCAAUUGCCUGAACUAAAUCAAGCUCGAGCCAAUGAUCAAUAUAUGACUUAUUACGAAAAGAUUGCUGAAAAACAUGGAGAUGUCUUUCUUAUGGGUUUUGGCCCUUGGACACGUCUCUUCAUUCACGAUCCAGAUCUACUUGCCGAUGUUCUCGGUCGACCACAUGCUCAUGAUUAUACUAAGACACCUCUGAGUGCCAUAGUCUUCAAACCAAUCAUUGGUAUACAUAAUCUUCUUGUAAGUGAAGGAAAAGAACAUGAACGAGCCCGGAAAAUGCUCAACCCAGCAUUUCACUUUGUUAAUCUCCAAUCGAUGGUCUCUAUUAUGAUUGAUCAAACGAGACAGAUGAUUGAUGAAUUACUUAUCACGAGUACUCAUCGAUCUGUUGAUUUGCAGACAGAAUUUAGUGCUCUCACACUAACAAUAAUUUCUUCAUGUGCAUUUGGAAAAGGCUUUGAAAGUAUCACGAAUGCUAAAAGCAUUGUGUCUGAAGUCUUCACCAAAGUUCUCGAAGCAAUUGAAUACCGAACAGGAAGGAUGAUCAAUAUAAUUCCUGUUCUAGCAGCAAUGCCUUUCUGGCGUAAGCGUAUUGUCAACAAAGGUGCUCGAGAAAUUGCUCAGUUUGUCGAACAGAUUAUUGCCGAUCGACGACAGGAUCGUUCAAAAAGUUUAUGUUCAGGAUCUGAUAUUCUCGAUCUACUUCUUUCAGCAGUAGAUACACAUGGGCAACCGUUUGCCGAUGAAGAAAUCAAGGAUGAAGCUUUAGCUUUUGUAUUGGCAGGUCAUGAAACAACAGGGAAUCUUCUUGUUUGGGCUAUGUACGUGUUGAUGACCAACGAACAAGUGCUAUGCGCGUGCCUUAACGAAGUCGAUCGAGUUAUUCCCAGUGGCAUUAAUCCCAGCUAUGAACAUAUUAAUAAUUUAACUGUUUGUGAAGCUGUCCUGCACGAAACCCUGCGACUCUAUCCUCCAGCACCUCUUUUUGCACGAUAUUGUAUACGUGAACAUACUAUCGGUAGUGGGAGUCACCGGCCAUUAUUUAUCCCUGUAAACACGCCAAUUGUUAUAAACAGCCAUAUUCUACAUCGGCGAGCAGAAUUUUGGCCUCGACCACUCGAAUUCGAUUACACCCGAUGGAUGCGUGAUUCUGUCACAGGUCGCAAACCAAAAUUAGCUCAUCCUUUCUGCUAUUUGCCAUUUGCUGCCGGACCACGAAACUGUAUUGGACAGAAUUUUGCAUUGCUCGAAGCCAAAGUUAUACUAGCGAUGUUACUGAAACGAUGUCAUUUCGAAUUAGAACCAGGUCAAAUUGUAACACCCGAUGUUCGUAUUACGAUGAGACCUAAGUAUGGGCUGCGAGCACGAAUUAGCAAACGAUAA